UGACGUGGCCAAAAUUAUAUCAUGUGUCCCGAUGAAAACUUAGAGAAUUCUUUAAGGAAUGUUACGUACAAUGCAGACUCUACGUGGACCACCGCUGUGAACCAAUAUCAAAAAGCCAACAUGAAACUAUAUCAAGAAGAAUGCCACGUUAGAUUAAGAAUGCUCGUACCAUGCAAGAAUCCAGCUACCGUGAAAGAUCGCAUUCCCUGUAGCAAACUCGCCAGGUAUGGAAACUACAAAUACAACCCAGCUAGAGAACUAUCCUAUCCGCCCGCAGCAAUCGAUUUUGAAACAAUGCGCAACAAAUUCAGAAAGAAUUUGACAAAAGAACCUUGGAUGCUUGAAGAAGUCGAGUAUUUGAUGUUUGCGUUCCUACUGAAUACAGAAUGUCCUUGUGAACAAUGUAGAGCGGAUGGACUCGGAAGCAAUAUGUCUGGCACCAAGAAUACCUGCCGAAUAAAAUACAAACCUUCGUAUUUUGAGGCACAUUCAUUGGAAGAAAUAUAUCUAAUACAGAAAAUAACUUCAAGCGAAAUGAAAAACAUUUGGGUCCGGGAAAACAUUUUGUGUAGCGAAUCCAAUUUGAAGACCGAUGAAAUAAUUGCUACAAUGCGUGAAAAUCUAAUUAAAGUAUAUCACAGAACAAGCAGUUCGCAAACAGAAGCAAUUGCUGACUUAAAGACCGUCUCCCGAACACUGCAACAACAGAUUGCUAAAGUCAACGUGCCAGGUUUAGAAGCAGAGACGGUUGGUAACAAAAAACUAUAUUCGGCAAUUCUGCAAAGCGGAAAUACUACCAAUAAGUAUCAAAAGCAAAACUCUAUUAUAUCCAAAUGCGAUCUCACGAAGAACACAAGCUGCAGUAACCAGACAGAUUUUAAAAUGAUCCCUUACAAUAAUUUAGCCUGUCGGCAUUCAAAUUUUUCCACACACCAUGAACAGUUACGUCCCGGUUCAAACCAUUUCUUUCCCAAUUUUACCAAGUCGAAUUGGUCGUUAAAAAAUCAGAGCUACGCUUUCGCGAAAAGUACAAGAACACGGCCGGAUUUGACUCAGCCAUCGAUUCGAGUGACCGCACCCCAGUUGAUCAUUCCAAAUGCCAAUUUUGUCGUAGUUCACGGAACUCCGACGCUUCAAAGAACUGCGCGGCCUAAAUACCAGAUUAAACGGUUUGCACAGAAUACGGACACUAUUCGAGACGCUCCUUUGCUAGCCAAACAAGAUGACGCAACAAACAACGAGACCGAUAGUCUAGUGAUAGGAACGUUAAACGAUAUUUUCGAAGAUUCAUAUCCGCGUGUAGCACUCACGGUAACCCGGACGGAAGAACUCGAACUCCAGGCUUUGGAGCAAUACGCUACGUCCAACGAAAUAUUUCAAGAAUUGGAAAGGCAAGCGAUAGAACAGUACGAGGACGACAAAAAUGUUACAGAGUGCCAGAACGAUAAUUCGACAGGAAAUAACGCAUAACAACCAAAAUACAGUUAAUAUAGAAUGCCAUACGAUAUUAUUAUUACUUAUUCGUAUAUUAUUAUACAUACAAUUAUACUUAAGCUUUUAUGGAAUUUAUUGUCUUAAAAAAAAUUGGAAUUACA